CAGGUCGUCUUGGGAUCUUGAAUUGACAUCUCUGGAGGUUGACUUUAUUGAUAUCAAUCGGAGCCUUUUCCUCUGGCUCUAAUAUCCCUUUGAAGUGUUCCAUUUGCUACCACCCGACAGAGCCCUAGCGGUCUAGUGGUCCCGGGCACUUCUUAGCCCUACUUCCAUACAACUCGCCGGUAUCGCCACCCGAGUCGACCACAACGAAGAUGUCGAAAGACUUCACAACAAAAGUCGGUCAAGGGUUGGCCAAGGGUCUGGGGAUCAAGCAACCAUACCGGGAUCCUCUAGGCGCCCAUGCCGAUCCGGUCACCAGAGGCGAAUCCACCUUUUCCUACGGCACUAUCGACACCUAUUCCUACCUUGAGCACGAGCCGACCACUGCCGAAUGGUUCAAGGAAAUCACUCCCAGCUGGAGGGAUGUAGCUCAAUACUUCAUCAGACUUUUCCCGUUCCUAUCGUGGAUAACGAGGUACAACACACAAUGGCUCAUGGGAGAUCUGGUGGCUGGUAUUACUGUCGGCGCCGUCGUCGUUCCCCAGGGAAUGGCUUACGCCAAGCUGGCCGAAGUGCCAGUACAAUAUGGACUCUACUCGUCUUUUAUGGGUGUCUUGGUCUACUGGUUCUUUGCCACCUCCAAGGAUAUCACCAUUGGGCCCGUCGCUGUUAUGUCUACCCUGGUCGGAACUAUCGUCCUCGACGCCGAAACGAAGCUGCCGGAUGUGCCGGGACAUAUCGUUGCGUCGUGUCUGGCAAUCAUUAGUGGUGGUAUUGUCUGUGCUAUGGGAUUGCUUCGCCUGGGAUUCAUCGUGGAUUUCAUCCCAUUGCCCGCCAUUUCCGCAUUCAUGACCGGUUCCGCGCUCAACAUUGCCUCUGGCCAGGUCAAGAAUCUGCUCGGCGAGUCGGCCUCGUUCUCCACCCGCGAUGCAACGUACAUGAUCAUAAUUAACUCGCUCAAACACCUGCCAUCCGCGGGUAUUGAUGCUGCUCUGGGAGUCACCGCCUUGGCGAUGCUGUACAUGAUCCGCUCAGCUUGCAACUAUCUUGCUCGCAAGUACCCCCGAAAGGCCAAGGUUUGGUUCUUCAUGUCGACGUUGCGUACGGUAUUUGUCAUUCUGUUCUACACGAUGAUCAGUGCCGCCGUCAAUCUGCACCGCAAGGAUAAUCCUAUGUUCAAUGUCAUUGGCGACGUUCCGAGAGGUUUCAAAGAUGCCGGGGUCCCUCGUGUUGAUUCCGAAGUCAUUUCAGUCUUCGCGCAACAACUCCCUGCUUGCGUCAUUGUCCUCUUGAUCGAACACAUUGCCAUCUCCAAGUCCUUCGGUCGCGUCAACAACUACACCAUCGAUCCCUCCCAGGAACUGGUCGCCAUUGGUGUGACGAACCUGCUCGGACCUUUCUUGGGUGCUUAUCCUGCUACUGGAUCUUUCUCCCGUACUGCAAUCAAGUCGAAGGCUGGUGUUCGGACUCCUUUGGCUGGUAUCAUCACCGCGGUCGUUGUCCUACUUGCUAUCUAUGCCUUGACCGCCGUCUUCUUCUACAUCCCCCAGGCUGCCCUCUCUGGUGUCAUCAUCCACGCGGUCGGAGAUCUGAUCACCCCUCCCAAUACUGUCUACCAGUUCUGGCGCGUCUCCCCUAUUGAUGCGCUCAUUUUCUUCAUUGGGGUCAUUGUCACCGUUUUCUCAUCGAUUGAGGAUGGUAUUUACUGCACCAUUUGUGUUUCCGUGGCCGUACUCCUGUUCCGUGUCGCCAAGGCCCGUGGCCAGUUUCUCGGCCGCGUUACCAUUCACUCGGUCAUUGGCGACCAUCUCGUGCAAGGCGAUGGCAAGUAUGGCUCGGGCAACAAUGCCAACACCCCGGAUAAUGAUGAGGAUGGGUCUCGUCGCUCGAUUUUCCUUCCGCUCAACCACGCCGACGGCUCGAAUCCUGAAGUGGAGUUGGAACAGCCGUAUCCUGGUAUCUUUAUCUACCGCUUCUCUGAAGGCUUCAACUACCCUAACGCGAACCACUACACCGACGCUCUGGUCCAGACCAUCUUCCGGGAGACACGACGCACGACUCCGUUCUCGUAUGAGCAGCGCGGCGACCGGCCCUGGAACGAUCCCGGCCCUCGCAAGAACUCUGCCCAAGAGGACCAGCGCUCGCAACGACCUCUGCUCCGUGCUGUUGUGCUCGACUUUUCUUCCGUUAACAACGUCGAUGUGACCUCCAUCCAGAACCUGAUCGACGUGCGCAACCAGCUGGAUCUCUACGCCUCGCCCCGCGCCGUGCAGUGGCACUUUGCUCACAUCAACAACCGGUGGACGAAACGGGCGCUGGCCGCCGCCGGCUUCGGCUACCCGACUCCCAACUCCGACAACGGAUUCCACCGUUGGAAGCCGAUCUUCAGCGUGGCUGAAAUUGAAGGCCGCUCGUCUGCCGCUGCGCACGCUGAAUUGGUCAACAACGAACACGCACAGCAUGCACAGCACGUCGCACAGAAACGGGACGUCGAGGAUGGUCUCAAGCACGAAGGCCACACAACAGAGCGCGAGACUCGUGGCAUCGAGGAGGCUUCGGACAUCAGCAGCGUCCCCGAGGAUAAGUUGCAGCAUGACUUGAACGACAGCAAGGCGUACCGGAACCGGCGCAAGGUGGCGGUGGUGCAGGGCAUCAACCGGCCAUUCUUCCACAUCGACUUGACCAGUGCUCUUGAGAGUGCUCUGGCCAAUGCGCCGCCCGAGGAGCUCGAGUGAAGACUCUGCGAGUAAAAAGAGAAUCAAGAUGAGACUCCCUGGAUGGAGCGUUCUCUCGACAUGAACAUAUUUGGAAUGAUUUUUCUUGCUUUGUCAUUUGACAUGAAGACAGCGAUUGUUGGACCUAUGGAUAUAUUUGUGAUACUCUUUUGGUUUUAUGGUCGACACUAUACCCCCUGAUGUCACUUAGAUUGUAUAUAGAUGAAACUAAUUGAGGGUGGACGAAC